GCCCCCGGUCCGCCCCGUCUGAGGCGGGAGCCUGCUGAAAACCCCCGGCCGGGCCCAGGCGCAGCACUCGCCGCUGCAGCCCCCGUUGUGAGUGCGCCCGUCUUCGGCCAGCGCGUACGUUCCCCCAGCUACCAUCGCCUGUCGGAAUGGCCAACAGGGGACCUGCCUACGGCCUGAGCCGGGAGGUGCAGCAGAAGAUCGAGAAACAAUACGAUGUGGACCUGGAGCAGAUCCUGAUCCAGUGGAUCACCACCCAGUGCCGCAGGGACGUGGGCCGGCCCCAGCCUGGGCGCGAGAACUUCCAGAACUGGCUCAAGGACGGCACGGUGCUGUGUGAGCUCAUUAACGGACUGUACCCCGAGGGGCAGGCCCCAGUGAAGAAGAUCCAGGCCUCCACCAUGGCCUUCAAGCAGAUGGAGCAGAUCUCUCAGUUCCUGCAGGCGGCCGAGCGCUACGGCAUCAACACCACUGACAUCUUCCAGACCGUGGACCUCUGGGAAGGAAAGAACAUGGCCUGUGUGCAGCGGACGCUGAUGAACCUGGGUGGGCUGGCAGUGGCCCGGGAUGACGGGCUUUUCUCUGGGGAUCCCAACUGGUUUCCCAAGAAAUCCAAGGAGAACCCCCGGAGCUUCUCAGACAACCAGCUGCAGGAGGGGAAGAAUGUGAUCGGGUUGCAGAUGGGCACCAACCGUGGGGCGUCGCAGGCAGGCAUGACGGGCUACGGGAUGCCCCGCCAGAUCCUCUGAUCCUGCCCCCCAGGCCUGCCCCUGCCUUCCCGUGAAUGGUUAAUAUAUAUAUAUAUUUUAGCAGUGACAUUCCCUGAGCCCCUGGAGCCUUCAAGCUCCCCUCUGCCGGGGUGGCCGCCUGGCCUGUCUCCUCUGGGGGUGCCCGGCAGCAGCCUCCCCCCCGUGCUUACUAAUACAUUCCUUUCUCCAAACCCACCACAA